AUUUUUAACCACCUGCGUGUGGUUUUUGCCUUUAAAAGCUGUACCCUUCCCCUUGUUCGGGGCUCCAGCUAGCACUCACCCCUUGGUGGCUGCAGGCUGUGAGACCGAGCGCUCGAAUAAAGCCUCUUGCAUUUGCAUCAAUUUGAUCUCCUGGCUCUCUCUCUCGGGGUCGCCACCGGUCAGGACCAGAGACCAGGGGGGUCUUUGGCCCAACAUUUGGGGGCUCGUCCGGGAUCUGUGGCGGCCACAGAGACGACCAAGACCAUCUUGGAGGUGAGUUUUUGUGUCGGCCGACUGUCUGUCUUUGUGUUAUGUCCCUGUGUGCGGCGACUGGUUUCGGUUUUUAUUCUGGUUCCAACGGGACUGUCUCUGUCGUGAGAGAGGACAGUCUUUGGGUCAGACAGGGGGUCUGGCUCUCAAAAACCGUUGUCCCCGGGAGACGUCCUGGGGUCGGGGAAAUUGAUCUCUAGCUGAGAUCAUUUCCAUCUGUUCUGGUCAGGUUUUAUAUGACUCCGUCGCCUGUCACAUUGUGGUUGGACCGAGGAUUGCCGCGGCCCGGUUUUAUAGUUGUCUGUGGUUUCAUUUCUGUCAUUAUUUGUUUUGGUUUUUUGUUCAGUGACAUGGGUCAGGGGAAGUCGACUCCGCUGAGUGCGACUCUUGAUCAUUGGAAAGAGGUCCGAGGACGAGGUUUCGAUCUUUCGGUAAAUGUGAAAAAGGGUCCCUGGCAGACUUUCUGUUCAGCCGAGUGGCCCACUUUUGGUGUUGGUUGGCAGGUCGAUGGUUCUUUUGAUUUAAAUUUGAUUUCCCAGGUUUUCUCCCGAGUUUUCGAGUCCCGGAUUGGUCACCCCGAUCAACAACCUUAUAUUCUUGUCUGGCAGGACCUGGCCCAGCGACCUCCUUCGUGGGUCCGGCCCUUCCUCCCGUCAUCUAACCAGUCUCAGGUUCUUGUUUCACAGGUUCGUGGAGUCCCGCAGAAGGCGCCCCUGCGCGACUCCCAAACUGACCUUCUCCUUCUCGACCCGCCCCCUCCCUAUCCUCCUUCUCUGCCCCCAGUUCCCUCCGCUCCCCCGGCCCCUCAACCUGUCCAGGCUGCCCAAGAUGGUCCCUCGCAGCACAUGCGAAGCCGGAGGACCCAGCCUCCUUGUUCGCCCGACUCUACGGUUGCCUGUCCCCUUCGCCCCCUAGGUCCGCCGCCGCCUCCCCUAGACGACGGUACCCCGGGACUCCCCCCCCUUCAGUACUGGCCCUUCUCCUCCUCUGAUCUGUAUAACUGGAAAACUAACCACCCUCCGUUCUCUGAGGACCCGUCUAAACUUACCGCUCUGGUUGAGUCCCUCAUGUUUUCUCAUCAACCCACUUGGGAUGAUUGUUAGCAACUUCUCCAGACCCUCUUUACUACAGAGGAAAGAGAGAGAAUUCUCCUAGAAGCUAGGAAGAAUGUUCGGGGCCCAGAUGGGCGCCCGACACAGCUCCCCCAUCUCAUAGAUUCUGCCUUUCCCUUAGCCCGCCCUGAUUGGGAUUUUAAUACCGCAGAAGGUAGGGAGCGACUGACGGUCUAUCGCCAGACUCUAAUGGCAGGUCUCCGAGGGGCUGCCCGUCGCCCCACUAAUUUGGCCAAGGUGAGGGAAGUUAUACAGGGAGCCACGGAACCUCCGGCAGUGUUCCUGGAAAGGUUAAUAGAAGCCUAUCGCCGAUACACCCCUUUUGACCCCACGUCUGAGGGUCAUAGUGCAUCGGUGGCAAUGGCUUUCAUUGGUCAGUCAGCCCCGGAUAUCAGGAGGAAAUUACAGAGGAUGGACGGGUUACAAGAUUUAGCUCUCAAGGACCUCGUUAAAGAGGCCGAGAAAGUUUAUCAUAAAAGGGAGACAGAAGAGGAAAAGGAGCAGAGGCAGGAAAAAGAAAGACAGGAGCAAGAAAAACAGAGAGAGAAGCGGGAAGAGAAGCGACUGACUCGUAUCCUGGCCGCAGCGGUAGGAGAGAAAACAGGUCAGAAAAAGAAACAGGAAGGACAGAAAGGGAAACGCCAGGGCGGCAAUCGACCUCCGUUAGACCGAGACCAAUGUGCCUAUUGCAAGGAAAAAGGACACUGGAAGAGUGAAUGCCCCCAGAAGCCCAAGAAAGAUCCGGUUCUGGCCCUCCAGGAGGACAGUGACUAGGGAGGUCAGGGCUCGAUUCCCCUCCCCGAGCCCCGGGUAAUUCUCAAUGUGGAGGGGAGACCGGUCAAUUUCCUGAUUGAUACUGAGGCUCAGUUUUCAGUCCUCAAGCGGCCUCUAGGAAAACUAUCUGGCCGAGCCUCCCUGGUCCAAGGGGCGACCGGACAUAAGAAAUACCCUUGGACCACUACCCGGAGCAUUGACCUAGGCCGGGGAGAAGUGACUCACUCAUUCCUUGUCAUACCUGAGUGCCCCGCUCCUCUCCUGGGAAGGGAUCUUCUGACCAAACUGGGGGCCCAGAUUACCUUCACCCCGGCAGGACCUACUACCAAAUGGGGACCCCCGAUGGCCCUCACUCUCCAUCUAGAGGAUAAACAUCGGCUCUUUCAGCCAGCCGGUAAGGCCCCCGCUGAUCUUGAUCACUGGCUACGGGAAUUUCCUAAAGCUUGGGCAGAGACUGCUGGGGCCGGGGAGGCUACCCAGCAACCACCAGUAGUCAUUGAACUGAAAGCGGCAGCCACCCCGAUAGCAGUUCGCCAGUACCCGAUGCCCAGAGAGGCUAGAGAAGGAAUCCAGCCUCACAUUAUCCGCCUCCUGGGUCUAGGCUUUCUGGUCAAGUGCCAAUCGCCCUGGAAUACUCCCCUCUUGCCAGUUAAAAAGCCAGGAACCAAUGACUAUCGUCCUGUUCAGGACCUGAGAGAGGUCAACAGGCGGGUUCAGGAUAUCCAUCCUACUGUUCCAAACCCUUAUAACCUCCUCAGCACUAUCCCUGCGGGUCAUGUAUGGUAUACGGUCCUGGACCUUAAAGACGCUUUCUUCUGCCUCAAACUCCACCCGGAGAGUCAGAAAUUAUUUGCUUUCGAGUGGAAGGAUCCAGAGUCGGGGGAUUCCGGGCAGCUAACCUGGACCAGGCUACCCCAAGGGUUUAAGAACUCCCCCACCAUCUUUGAUGAGGCUCUCCACAAAAACUUAGCAAUGUUCAGGACAGAACACCCCCAAGUGACUCUCCUCCAGUAUGUAGAUGACCUCCUCCUGGCAGGAGCCACAGAAGAGGAGUGUUUGGCGGGAACCAGGGGCCUCCUGUCCGAACUUUCCAAGCUGGGAUAUCGAGCCUCGGCCAAAAAGGCUCAAAUCUGCCAAAAGAGAGUCACAUACCUAGGGUAUGCCCUAGAAGGGGGACAACGAUGGCUAACAGAAGAGAGAAAAGCCACCGUCCUACAGAUCCCCACUCCACAGACCCCUCGCCAGGUCCGAGAGUUCUUAGGAACAGCCGGGUUCUGCCGCUUGUGGAUCCCAGGAUUUGCCACUAUGGCAGAGCCCCUAUACCCACUAACCAAGCAAGGGCAGCCCUUUCACUGGGGAAAGGAGCACCAAAAAGCCUUCUUAGACAUCAAGGAGGCCCUGCUUUCGGCCCCAGCACUGGCCCUCCCCGAUGUAGAGAAACCUUUCACCCUCUACAUUGACGAAAAGAAAGGGGUGGCCCGUAGAAUCUUGACACAGGCACUCGGACCCUGGAAACGGCCGGUGGCCUACCUCUCCAAGAGACUAGAUCCUGUGGCUAGAGGGUGGCCCUCCUGUCUCCGGGCUAUAGCAGCCACUGCCCUCCUUGUCAAAGACUCUGAUAAAUUGACUCUGGGCCAAAAGCUGACUAUCAUUGCUCCGCAUGCCUUAGAGAGCAUUAUCCGCCAACCUCCUGACCGUUGGAUAUCCAACGCCAGGGUCACUCAUUAUCAGAGUCUGCUCCUAGAUGAAGGAAGAAUUACAUUUGGGGCGCCUGUGACUCUUAACCCGGCCACUCUCCUACCCAUAGAAGAAGAGGAAGAAAAAUUUUCCAACUAG